GUACAUUUAUUUGGUCCUGCAUGUUUUGCUUCCGUGUGGGAACAACGCUCUUGUGCCUUCAUUGGUUAGGAUUUACAUGUUGACAUUUCUGUGUGAAAUGGGGAAAAAUACUGAACCGUCGGUAGCUAUAUAGUUGGUAAAAUAAAAAAUAAAUGUAAAAACUUGCAGCUAGCUAGCUACACUGUGAACAUGUCUAUGUACGUUUGCGUUUGAUGGCAUGCUUUUUUUGAUUUAGUAAGUAGCUAGGUAGCUAGCUAGCUAACAAAAUGUUAACCAGGCUUGGAGUUUUUGGUUAUAUGAACAUUGUCAAAACACUUUGCACUAGUACAAAUAGGUACCUUCAAGGCUUCGCCUCAGAUAAUGAUAUAAAGAAAUUUAUUAUAGAAAACACUGAGAUAGUAAGAAAGCAUAACUUGACCCCAGAAAUCCAUUUGAGACUGUUCACCCCAAAUUGUCGGUUUUGGCAUGCAAGACCAGAACUGUGGCCUUUCUCUGACCCAUUCUGGGCAAUAUACUGGCCAGGGGGACAAGCACUCGCCAGGUAUCUAUUGAGUAACCCUGGAGUGUCACAGGGCAAGAGAGUGUUAGAUCUGGGGUGCGGCUGUGGAGCCUCUGCUAUAGCUGCCAAGUUCUGCGGUGCUUCUCAUGUAGUAGCCAAUGACAUCGACCCUGUUGCAGCCAUCGCGACCCAGCUGAACUGUGAGCUGAAUGGCCUGAACCCCCUCCCUUGUGAUACGGAGAAUGUGAUUAGUUCAGAGCCCGAGGAAUAUGACCUCAUCCUCCUGGGAGACAUGUUCUAUGAGGAGGCAUUGGCAGACAGCCUUCACAGCUGGUUAAACUGCUGCAUCCAGACCCACGGGACACAGGUCCUGAUAGGAGACCCGGGGAGGGCCCAGUUUGAAGGACACAGCAUCAGGAGGCUCCUGCGUCAGGAGGCUCAGUUUGAACUGCCUAAAGCUGUCAGAGAGGAGAACUAUGGACUGACCUGCAGCACUGUGUGGCGCUACCUGCCUGAACUCUGACAGACAUCUUUCACAAACCCAUAUUUGUAUGUGCUUUAGAGCACUCCUUCAACUGUUGUUGUUUGUGACACUUGACAUAUAUGAUUGUGGAAUUGCUAUCAGCAAGUGCCUGGCAUUGACUCAAUUAAAACUUGUCAAUCUUCUUUGCCAUGAAGUCAAAUGUACUGUUUUUAAACAAACACCUCUUUUGACAUGUGGGGCGGCAGGGUAGCCUAGUGGUUAGAGCGUUGGACUAGUAACCGAAAGGUUGCAAGUUCUAAUCCCCAAGCUGACAAGGUACAAAUCUGUCGUUCUGCCCCUGAACAGGCAGUUAACCCACUGUUCCUAGGCUGUCAUUGAAAAUAAGAAUUUGUUCUUAACUGACUUGCCUAGUUAAAUAAAGGUUAAAAAAAAAAAAAAAAUCUCAAACCUAAGCAUAUCUCUUUUAUUCAAAACCCAGCAAUAAUGCCACGGUAGUAUGGGGUGUUGUCUCAACAACAAAGUUGUACACAGAUCUAUGAUUUGAAAAUGACAAGUAACAAAUGUAAAACAGUACAUAUUUCAAAUGAAAUCAAUCACAUCUGUGUUAACAAUAAAGCAUGUAAACUUACACUGCACUCAGACUGCAAUCCAAUUACCUAACAGUAGGGGGCAUCCACACUCCUUACUAUCAUUCAUGACAUGUCCUGAUUUAGCCACUACCUCCUGACCCUGAGUUGGCUCUAUAAAAAUUAUACUCCAUAUUUAUUCAUCUGGCAGAUAAACAUGCCCUUUUUAAAUAAUUCAGAGUCAAAUAUAGAUUAAACCCUUGGUUUUCUUUGGAAUUAUUUGAGCUCAUUCAGAGGAGAAAUCAGGCUUGGGCCAAAGCAAGGAAACUGACUCUGUAGUGGACUGGCAAUCCUUCAGACAAUUGAGAAACAGAUGUACUAUCUCGUUUAAGAAAGCUAAAUCAAGCUAUUUUUUAAGCUCUUAUUUUGGAAAACAGAAGAUACACUGAAGCGUACAAAUUCCUCUUCCUCGCCGCCUUAUCAAGUUCUGCCUGACUGGCAUCAUAACUGAGAAGAAUGUGAUAAGUGAUGCUUUUAAUCAUAAUUUUAUCUCGGCAUGCUUUUUAUUUGAGAGAAACGGUGGUAUAGUUGACCCUGGUCAGUCAAUCAUCUGCUCUUCCCUCUGCCAGACUCUAGCUGACUCGACAGUUAAUCUGUCAACUUCUAGGGAAUCUUUGUUUUCAUUUCAACAAUUUACUAUCUGUUAUGUGCUAGAUGCCUUGCUUAAGAUUGAUGUAAAAUAAAUCCUCUGGCGCUGA